GCAUGGCGGACGCGCUGCUCUUGCCCAAGCGGGACCCCGGCCGCCCGACUUGGCUGCGGGUCCGCAAGGCCCGGCCCCAGCUCGUCCUCAGCCGUCGGCUCCGCCGCCGGUUCGGAACCCUGCGCUGGUGCGGCCGGCGGCGGCUGCGGCGGCGGCGGCGGCUACUGCUGGCCCGGGCGGCCGGCGUUGAUUGGAAGGAGGGCGCCCGCCAGGGGUUGCGCGCGGCGGCGGCGGCGGCGGCUCGGAGGCCAGAGACCGCCGCCCCCAGCCCGGCCCCGGCCCCCGCCCCGGCGUGCCCCGCGAGCGUCCCUAUCCCGCCCGUGCGGCCGGUGGGCCCGGGCCGCGUGUUGCUGCUGCUCCCGGUGGAGCAGGGUUUUACUUUUAGUGGGAUCUGUCGUGUGACAUGCCUCUAUGGCCAGGUGCAGGUGUUUGGUUUUACCAUCAGCCAAGGCCAGCCUUCCCAAGAUGUCUUUUCUACCUAUACUCACACUUUCCUGACUAUCAAUGCAGUUCAUUACUCGAUGCCUGAGAAAAGCAGGAAGGAGAUGAAAAGGGAAGCCCGGACUUUGCUCAAAUCUCAUCUUAACCUGGAUGACAGAUGUUGGGCAAUGAAGAAUUUUUCUCCUCUGUGUUCCAUUGUGAUGCUAGAACAUCUGAAAACCUCCACUGUAAACUUCAUAACUAGCUAUCCAGGUUUAUCUCACGUUUUCGAACAAGAGAAUCGGACUUGCAAGAUUAAUUCUGAAUAUUUGGCGUUGACAUCUGUUGGCAUCAAAAAAGAAAAGAAAAGAAAAGGCCUUCAUUUAACUGAGAGUGCCCUUUCAGCGCUGGAAGAGUUGGUCAGUGUUUCCUGUGAAGAAGUAGAUGGCUGCCCUGUCAUUCUGGUUUGCGGAUCUCAGGACAUUGGAAAGUCAACAUUUAAUAGAUACCUGAUUAACCAGUUGUUAAAUAGUAUUUCCUGCGUUGACUAUUUGGAAUGUGAUCUGGGACAGACAGAAUUUACUCCUCCUGGUUGCAUUUCCUUAUUUAAUGUUACAGAACCAAUUCUGGGACCACCUUUCACCCACCAAAGGACACCACAGAAGAUGGUAUAUUAUGGGAAACUUUCUUGUAAAAGCAACUGUGAGAGUUAUAUUGAGAUCAUAAAAUAUGUGUUCAGCUCUUACAAGAGAGAGGCCCCUCUCCUCAUCAAUACGAUGGGCUGGGUGGCAGAUGAAGGGCUUUUGCUUCUCAUCGAUCUCAUCCGGUUGCUGUCUCCCAGCCACGUCGUUCAGUUCAGUUCUGUUUCCAGUAAAUUCAUGCCAAACCUCACCCCGGAAUAUGUAGACAGUGUGAAUGGCUUGUACACCAAAAGCAGGCGCAGAAUGAGAAAUCGAGGUUUCCCACUUGCAGAAUUUGCAGAGAAUUUUGAAUUUGCUGAUGAAGAAAAGGAGAGUCCAGUUAUGUUUACUGGACAUAAACUGAUAAGCGUUCAUUCGGAGUUUACAUUCAGAAUAACUUCAAGAAAUAGACAGUCACAUAACAGAAUUCUUCGUGAGCUGGCAGUAUUAGGUUACCUUGGCCAGCUGCAGCCCCCAGUGCCAAAACCACUGAGUCCUUUACAUGGUCUGACACCCUAUCAGGUCCCUUUCAAUGCUGUUGCCCUCCGGAUUACUCACUCUGAUGUCGCCCCUACCCAUAUAUUGUACGCUGUGAAUGCCAGCUGGGUCGCUCUUUGCAAGAUCCUGGAUGAUGUCAGAGGAUACACCAAUGGGCCCAUCCUUCUUGCCCAGACUCCAAUCUGUGAUUGUUUGGGGUUUGGGAUCUGUAGAGGCGUCGACAUGGAGAAGCGCCUGUACCUCAUCCUCACCCCUGUGCCCCCGGAGGAGCUAAGAACUGUGAACUGUCUGCUCGUAGGAGCCAUUUCCAUUCCACAGUGUGUCUUCAAGAACCAGCGUUGCGAGGGGACUGUGCCUUAUGUCACAACAGAUUACAAUUUUAAACUUCCUGGAGCAUCAGAGAAGAUUGGAGCAAGAGAAACUAGGGAAACACAUAAAGGGAAAUCAUACCCAAAACCUAAUUUCCGUUGAAAAAUAAACUGAUACUCAUGUUUUUAAUAAGGGAAGAAACUUUUUUGUCAGAAAGCUUUGCCUCAAGCUGACAUCAGCAGACUUAGUGGGGUUGUAGGGCUGUGAAUGGAGCUCUUAUGUAGCACAGCUUUCUGUGUAACUCGUGAAUGUGGGACAUAGCAAAUACUUUCAAGUUUCUCUCUUAAAGCUACGUGAUCUAGAAUUUUGUCCUAGUCGUCUAUAGUUAAUCAUAUUUGAUGUCUGGUGCUUUUCUAAAGGGAUUUAAAGCAGCUGGAAAAAGUGUAUGCCAUUAAAACAGAAACAGUACGGUCCAUUCCUCAAAACGUUCUUCAAGGACCUGGUUAUUGGAAUCAGGAUAAAAAUAGGGAAACUGGGGCCACAGGAAUGUACCAAGACGGAAGGACAGCUGACCCGCAAGAUGCCAGGCACAAUGAACAUGAAGGCUCGCCGUGGCUCUCGUCUUAGCCAUGUGCAGAUUGAGGGGCCGGGCCGAUGUGGGACACGUGCCUCCUCAGAGCCGUCCGACGGGGACGGUCACAUCCCUGGGCGGUCAUUCUCAUCUCUUCAUUCCAUGCGACCUGACUUCUCUUCCGCUCACCUGGGUCAAGUGUUAAAGAGAGUGUGUGGUCUGUUACAUUCAAUCAGGUCUAAUAGACAGAAGUUUGGACUCAGGAGUCCUCAUUUUCUUUUCUUUUCUUUUUUUUUUAAAUCCUGUUUUAUGCUGAAGAAAUUGCUCUCAAGCCUGGACAGCCUCUCCUGGGGGACUCUUUAAAACUAGAUUUGGGCAGGCUGGUUGGCUCAGUCGGUUAGAGCAUGGUGUCAUAACACCAAGGUCAAAGUGUUCGGAUCCCCUGACCUGCCAGCCACCAAAAAAAACUAGAUUUGUCCUAAUCGACUUCUCAUCUGAGGCUGAAGACACAAGCAUGGGGCGGAGCUGGAAGGUGGGCUGUUCAGAAGAAGGAGUGGCAGACCAGCUCUCGCGAAGCCCAUUCCCGCCUCUGGGCAGCUGGACCUGAACAAGGGUGAUCAGACUGGGUCAUGUCACUUCUUCAUUUAAGACAGUGGGGUACUUACUGAGCCAGCAUCAUGACCGCCAUAUUGUUAAAAUUCCAGUUGCCCAGAUCAUCAUGUUGAAAGACUGUUAUUAGGAUGUGCGGGUUUUAAUGUUUGUUAAUUUAAAUUGUUGAUUAUCAUUGUCUUUAGUACUUUGUGGUGGCUCCUGGGUGUCUCAUAGACCCACAGCAAAGGACUUACAAAUAAGCACAGGAACCCUUGUCACCGUGAUUAGUCUUGAUACCCUAGACGCCUUAGUUGCCUCCUAUUGACAUCUGAAUUUAGCUUGUAUCAUAUUGUCUAUGUUGGCCUUGCAAAGAAUUUUAAGGCAGUCUGCCACCAUAGACUUUGCCUCUUUUCCCUUGUGUCUUGACAACAGUAUUCACUGUAGGUCAUUAGCAGCUGGCCUCUGGAAGAACGAAAGUGGCGCCCUGUGAUUCGCAUUUUCAUUAGACUCAGGUUUGCCUUUAGCUGGCUUUUAAGAAUGUGAUGUCUUCAGUCCCCAUCAGUAAAGGAACAACAUUGCCACUAGAAGGAGCUAACUGCCAUUUACCAGGUGGCUGCACUAGGCCUAGGGUUGGCUGAGGAACCCACACUGGCUUGUGGAGGAAAUUCAGAGAUCCUGGAGACUCGCUCUGUGGUCAGCUCCAGGUGUGCCAGUCAGACCUGCAGCAGCAGCGUCUGCCUUGGAUGUCUGUCCAUUUGAUUAUCAAUGUCAGUGGCUUUAAGGGUGUUCAAAGAAAGAGUAAGGUUGGACCUUUUGUUAUUUCUGCGAUCUAUAUGGUUCACAAUGUGUAGUAAGGAAUUCUCCAUUGGAGUUAUUCUUUACAAAAUUCUUAAUCGUUUUUUGCGUGUGAUUCCCAAAGAUAUGUGCUCAUUUUAAGAAAUUUAUAGAAAUUUAUGACUUAGAAAGUAAAAAUGCUUUGUCACCAACUUUUGUGGUUCUUUAAAGCCAGUUCUUUUAUUAUUUUCUUUUAAAGUCAGUUCUUUUAAAGAGAUCCAUUUAUAGGGAAAAUAGAUAGGAAAAUAAAUGAGUAGAUUCUCAAAUCCUGGGAUUUGUUUUAUGUCAUAAACGAGGAUAGUUCAAUUCCUGUCUGUUAGGCCUCCUUGAAAGCAGGGAAUAAAUGUAUUCUUUGUGAGCAUCACUUGGAAAUGGAAGAUUUUAGAAAGGGGAGAAGGAUAUUUGAACAGCCUCUUCAAGUGCCUUGGAUUAUGCUUUUUGAGUGCCUGCCCAGAAGUGGCCUGCUGGAGAAGGUGAGGCUCCUGGCUGAGCCAAGGUAGCCCGUGUCCUCUACGUGGACCCCUCCGAUGGGCAGUUACUUAAUCUGUCAGCAACUUGGAUUUCAACUGCCAGAUAAGGUUUGAGGACCAACCACAUGGUAAGGGGUUCCUUUUAUUGGACCCAGUGGUGAUUUUUUUAAAUUGUCUAAUUGGUAUGGGUUUUUUUUCUUUUUUUUUAGGUUUGCAUGGUAGUAUAGUGAUAAAAACAGCGGGCACUGAUGGUAGAGCUGUGAGUUCUGAUUCUGCCUCUGCCGCUGCCAGCACUGUAACUGAGGAAGGUGUCUGACCUGAGCCUGCCCACUGCCCUGAAGGUGGGAUGCUUGUGCUUCCCUCAGGGCUCUGGGGAGGAGUAAAUGAGCUCAUGUCCAUAAAAAACUUAGCACAGUCUCUGCCCUGUAGAGAACGGUGACUCUUAGUGUGUGGCCUGUCUCUGAUUAGAAGGCAGGCACCAAAGUUGUAUUCCUCACAGCCAAGUUUGAAUCUACAGCUACUUAUCUGUCUUGCCUCUGGCAGGUUUACCUGAAAGUGGUUCUUGCUGCCAAGUGUCCUUUUGUUAAAGAGCUUUGGGGAGGCAGGUUCCAAGGCCACCAUUGAUAAUUAAUUCCUUGAAGUUUUUCAUAAACCCCCACUUAUUGCUUUUAAAACCAUGUAAACAGUUUACAUAUGGAGAAAAUGAUCCUAAAGCCCACCGCUAGGUGGAUAAUAGCUGAAUGCUGUGAUACAGUCUCGUCUGGAAUUUUUCCGUGUGUGUAUGUGUGUGCAUGUGUGUUUUUUACAAAAUUGUCCUGUGUGUGUAGUUUCUAUCCAGCUCUUUUCACUUACCAUAUUGGACUUCUGUAUCAUUAAAUAUUUUUGAGAACAUGAA